GAAUAUUGUUAAUUGGAUAUAUAAAAUGAAAGCACAUGGCAACCUUUCUGAAGAAGAUUUUUCGCCGUUUAAAAAUUUAGGGAUGAUUGUUCGUUCAUGGAGAAUGGUUGAAAUUUUGCUUGUUAAGGGUCAUGAUUUGAUUUCACAGGGUGAUAGUCGAAAUGGAAUUUUGGUUAAAUAUGCUGCUUAUUCUUUUUAUUUAAAGAGGUAA